AUGGAUAGAGGCAUAGUGACUGCUGUUCAACCACCUCAGGUUCCUUAUGGCACAGAGUUUGUCAUCCUCAUCCUUGGGAAACAAAAGCAAAAGUUUCUAAUCCACAAGAAUCUACUCUGCGCCUCCUCGGGCUUCUUCAAUGAUGUCUUUAACUCCGACUUCGUCCAAGUUGGAGACCAGCAGUAUACUCUACCACACGAUGAUCCUGGCCUCUUUCAUCUUGUGCAAGACUGGCUUUAUUCAGGCCGUGUGCCGGAGAGUGUCUCUUGCUACAUGAACAACGAGACGAGCAGCCAUACGGACGAGUUCUGGUGGAAUGUGUAUGGCAUGGGACAGCGACUGGACAUGAGCAGAAUCAAGAUUCUCGCAGUCGAAAAGCUCCAGGGCUUGUUCUCCACCACAUCUGCACUGAUCCCCAGCACAGAAUUCAUUGCAAGCUUGUUCACCAGUGGCCUCAGCCCGCUACUGGAAGAAGUCGUCGUGGGCCAUGUUGCCUACUGGUUGCUCCGCUCCAAGGCCAAUCCGGUUUGGUCUCCUCUGCCUGAGGCACACGAGAGGUUCGGCACCAACUUGGCCUACGCCAUGAUGAAGAACAUCCGCCGGAAUCUGGUGGUGCAUCCUCUCGACCCUUCGCAUGGAAUCAUGCCUCCUGCGGAUCUUGCAGCUUUUUUGGCCGAUGAUUCAGCGGCGGUGUUCAAAAGUCCCUUCUUGUCCAACGAAGCUCUUGAGAAACCUCUCCAGACUUGCCCGAUCAGCGACCUUGACCAACACCACGUUUCCCGCGAGCCAGCCACGACCGAGGGAGUCCAACAAUACCAGACUAAUGUCACAUCAGGCUGGGAAUAUGAGACUGAUCUUGCUUCGGCGGAAUUAGGCUGGGAUGACCCAUUGCCGUGUCCGCCUCCCACACCGACGUUCAAGGAACCAUGCUCUUCGCCCGGCCCAACUUUCAGAUCAGACCCAGCAAUCCUCUGGCCAGCAGUACCACCUCAACCGGACUUUGACGUGCCACUCACCCAACCACCAGAGCCAGUGUCGUGGGAAACGUUCGGCAAAACAGGAACAGCCAGCGGGAAAGGUGUGGAAAGGUCCUCCGAUCAGGUCAUCUACAAAUCCAGCAGCAUCUUGUCGGCCCUGAAAUCCAUUCUGGUCACACUCGAGUCUACUAGGAGGACUCUGGACGCAAAUGGCAUGCAAGGAAAACCUGAUGAUUACGGAUACGAUCACGGAGAUGCAAACAUUGACAAUGACGGGUAUGCUGGAUGGGAGGGGGAUUAUGAUGGAUGCUACGAUGACGAGGACUAUGAGGGCUGGGGCAGAGAAAUGACUCCUGAAGACCAUGAAAAUGGCAACGCUUUCUGGGCAGAUGGGAAACCGGCUCCUCCCAGUCAGGCAUGGGGCUGGGGGGUCUAG